GCCUUAGCAUCCUUCUCGCGCUCUCGCCGCCUUCCCUUCCGACCUUGUCUUUCUCUUGGAUCCUCUUGUGCGGGGGACGGGGAGUGGUAAUUUGACGACAGGUUCGCGGGUUCGCCUCCCACGUCCCCAGCCUCUCGUCGCCAGGUUGUGCUGACAGCAGCCUCCUUUGGGGGACCCUCCCUCUCCUGGAGCUGCUCCGCCCUUCCUGGGCACUUCUUUCCUCCCAGUUCUCAUUUCAAUAACAUUUGCUUAAAUUUAAAAAGAGGGGGAGGAAACAGAGUUUCGGAGGAGCAGAGGGGCUCAGGGUGGUGUAAAGGAAUUCAUUAGCCAUGGAUGUAUUCAUGAAAGGACUUUCAAAGGCCAAGGAAGGAGUAGUGGCUGCUGCUGAAAAGACCAAACAGGGUGUGGCAGAAGCAGCAGGAAAGACAAAAGAGGGUGUUCUCUACGUAGGCUCCAAAACCAAGGAAGGCGUGGUUCAUGGUGUGACAACAGUGGCCGAGAAGACCAAAGAGCAGGUGACAAAUGUUGGGGAGGCGGUGGUGACAGGUGUGACAGCAGUAGCACAGAAGACAGUGGAAGGAGCAGGGAGCAUUGCAGCUGCCACUGGCUUUGGCAAAAAGGACCAAAUGGGCAAGGGUGAAGAAGGAGCUCCACAGGAAGGAAUUCUUGAAAAUGUGCCUGUGGACCCUGACAAUGAGGCUUAUGAAAUGCCUUCUGAGGAAGGGUAUCAAGACUAUGAACCCGAAGCCUAAGAAGUAUCUUUGCUCCCAGUUUCCUGUGAUCUGCUGACAGAUGUUCCAUCCUCUACAAGUACUCAGUUCCAAUGUGCCCGGUCCUGACAUUUUCUCAAAGUUUUUAUAGUGUAUUUUGAAGUCUUCCAUCAGCAGUGAUUGGCGUAUCUGUAUCUGCCCCCCUCCCCCCGUCAUUUCAGGGUUUCCCUCUCACUGAAAUGAAUAUAUGGUAGCAGGGUCCUUGUGUGCUGUGGACAUCGUGGCUUCAAAUUCAAAUGUUAAAUUAAAAACACCCAAGUGACUACCACGCAUUUCUAAAUCUUCACUAUUUUUCUGUUGUUGUUGAGCAGUUGUGAGUGAUUUGCUAUUGUAUCUUAUAAGACUUUUAGAUGUCUUUUAAAAAUUCUUUUUGUUCAAGAAUAAUGAUGUAUUGUGAAAUUUGUUAAUAUAUACAAUACUUAAAAACGUGAGCAUGAACUAUGCACCUAUACAUAUUAACUAUGAAGUCUUAUUUUUUGUGAUGUGUUUUAUUAACUUGUGCUUGAAUAUAGUGAAAAUUAAAAUAAAAUGUUAUCUCCUUACAUAUAUUUUUUUAUUAUUUUUAUCCCAUCCUGCUUAAUAAUAAAACUAUGUGUAUAAACAAUAUGAAAUGAGAACUGACACAAUUAAAUAUAAAGUUCUUGUCAGCCAUUUGAGGAAGGAGGAAUUUAAAAGGGGUUAAAUGAAAGGGGAAGCCCUGGUGGUACAGUGGCUAAUAGUGCUAGCCAAAAGGUGGGCAGUUCAAACCCACCCAAUGGCUCCAUGGAAGAAAAGACAUGGCCAUCUGCUCCUAUAAAGAUUAAAGCCUUGGAAGCCCUCUGGAGCAGUUCUACUCUAUAUUUUAUGAGUUGGAAUCGAGUUGAUGGCAACAGGUUUAGUUUGGUUUUGUUAAACAGAAAGGAUGAACGUUAAGCCUAUAAUCUGGGCAUUUCCUGAAGCAACACUACCUGAAAUAUGUCUGAGGUGCAUUGCACCCUUGUUAUUAGGUGCCGUUGAGUCAUUUCCAACUCACAGCGACCCUAUGUACAA